AUGCACAAUGAUGGAACUCUAGCACAUAAGUAUAUCCGACUGGUCCUCAUCUGCGACAUCCAGAUUGAACACACUGUUAUCGAUGAAGAUAUUGCUGCCGAGUUUGUAGCCGCCGCGGUCCGGCGUGUGGCCAAGGCAGAUACAGGCCGCGCAGGUUACGCCGCCUAUGUUGAGGACUCGUCUAGUUGGAAGAGAUGGUCAAAGGCAUAA